UUAUAACCAUUUCGAUAGUGACUUUUGAAUAUCAGUAUGACAGGAAAACGUUCAAUUUUACUUUUUAUUGCUUUUCUCUGUGUUUUUCUCUUUGUCAGUUUUGCACGGGGAUCUCGGAAAAAGGGCGUGGCUGCAUGGGCGGGUGACUUCCGCUGUGAUGAUUUCAAGGUCUUAAACAACUUGUCAUGGUGGUAUGACUGGAAGAAUGACCUCACCACUUACGACGCUCACGUGACAAACGUUUGCCCUGCCUCUAAUGUCGCCGUACCACAGUUCAUACCAAUGGUUUGGAAGUCAAAAUGGGACAACCGUACGCACUUAAAUUUCACUAGACACACCCAUUUUGUUCUCGGCUACAACGAACCUGACCGUGAAGAUCAAGCUAACUUGACACCACAGCAAGUAGCUGAUAUAUGGCCCGAUAUUGAAAAGCAAUCGCACGGAAGGCUUUUAGUCAGUCCAGCAGUUGCAGUCCACGAUUUCAAAUGGUACGAUGAGUUCUUCCGCCUCUGCAAUAACUGCCGAAUAGAUCAUAUUGCCGCGCAUGCAUACAGCUGCAAUGCCAACCACAUAAUGUCAUACCUGGAAAAGCUGUAUCAUAGAUACCACAAAAAGAUUUGGCUCACAGAGUUUGCAUGUCCUCACGCCACUGAUGACCAGCCACAGCUCCAUCUAAUGCAAACUUUACUCCCAAAAUUAGAGGCUGCAAACUACGUCUUCAGAUACGCUUGGUUCAUGGCUAGAGUAAAGCGUGUGUUCGGAGAUGGCUUCAUAAAUCCGGCCGCUGGGCUCUUGCGCAAUGAUUCAUCUACACUGACCAGAAUUGGACAUUUCUACAAUAACUUUCACGCCCACGGACAUAACCCGCAAGUUGUUGGAUAAAUAAUAUUUCUGUGUUGAACAGUGUUGUUUCGUUGUUAUAAAGAAUGCUUUUGUUUGUAAACAAAUGUUGUUCUUGUAUAUAUGAUGUGUAAAACCUA